UAUUGAUUGAUGGUAUGUGUAUCUGAGAUUUAUUAGACCAAAUUCGAGAAAAAUACUAAUUCCCAUUAGUUGGUACUAUAACAGUCCGAAAUAUUUUUCGCUGAACGAUUAUCAGCUAACUGGAUCAUGUCUAAGAAAAAUAUAGCUGAACAAGAAACAAAAAUUAAAGACUCUUUAUUUGAUUUUGUUAAAACUCAUAUUCCUGAAGCUGAUUUGAAUUUAAUAGAUGAAAUUGUGUUGUCCUACGUUAUUUCUGUAUUGGAAGACGUUGGAUCUGAUCCUGUUUUUGAUGUAGAGGGCUUUUGCGAAAUGAUGUCUGCAUAUUUUCCCGAAUUUGAGUCUAUAAACCAUGCGUCUGUGUGCCAGUGGAUGUUUCAACUUGAAGCUAAACUCCAAGAAGCCGAAGAGACUGAAGAAAAGGGUUUGACUCUUGAUAUUUCACUUCCAGAAAUUGUUCCAAAGAAUAAAGCCAGGACUGUAAGUGUGACCUCUGAGACUGAUGUACCAAAGAGGGUACACAAGCUCUCAGAAAUGAGCGACGGUGGUUCUACGGACAGUUCCUGUUGUGAGUUUCCUGACGAGAUGGAUAUUCUGCAGGAGAUGUUUCCGACAGUUUGCAACAUUGAGGUGAAACACUGCCUUGCCAUAGCAGCUGGCGACAUCGAACGUGCCACUCAAAUCUUGAUUGAUCGCCAAGAAAACGGCCAAUGCUUGACCCAGAAUAACUCUCUUACUAUUCAGGUGGCCAAAAAAACGAUCGACGAUUCCGAAUUAAAGAAUCGUAUCAUCGAGAGAUAUUCGUACAUUGACAAAGAUGCUUUUACCAAAGAACACAAACCAGUGGCUCCAAAAGUGGAACCAAAGAAGAUGGUCCGCUACCGCGACAAUAAAAUCGUCAGCCUCAAGGGCGAACGCUUCACCGAGGUGAAGAAGGGCGAGGACGUGGAUGACAUCUCGUUAAAGAAGAACAAGAAAGGCCAUACCCCGUAACCCAAUGGUGAGACACAACCGCCGCCCGGGUUAACAGAUGCUUUCAAACCUCCAAUCAGCGACUUAAGUUGGUUUUAUUUGAAUUUUAUAUGUAUAUGUUACGUAUCAGUUCCUUCGAACAUUAUCCAAUACUCUUAUGUGUUACGUACCGUUUUUUGUUACUUCAUGUCUUUGAUCGAGCCGCAAACCCGAAUUGGAUCGUCGACGCAUCCAUUUGGGUUCGUUUUUCGUUCGAAGACCGUUCUAUUUUUAAUUAUAAUUUUAGCUAGGUGUAAGUUAAAGCUGCGCUCCCUUUUAGGGGAGCUUCUUAUAGGGAGUAUUUUAAAUUCGGGUAGCGAUCAAGCGUUAAGUAUAUAUCCAAUUGUCACUGAUUUUAACUAGCUAUAAGGAGCAAGUGUUAGGUUGGAGUGCUUGCCGAGAAGCACCAAAAAAAUGUGACGUUUUUUGCUGUUUUUUUUUUUUAUUAUUUAUGGGAUUACGGAUCUGAAAAUGUUGACAGGUCGAUCUUAAAACCGCAAUUUUACAAAAAAUAUAUAUAAUCUAAAUUCUCAAAACUGAUAUUAAAUUUUAACUAGCAAAAAUACUCAUUUAGCAUGGCUUUUCCAGCAAAUGGAAAUUUAAUACUAAUCACUAAACAUUUUAUAACAAUGGUAUUUUACUGCGACACUUUAAGCCCUUCCUACAAAUAUUCUAACUUAAAUACAAUUCUCUUAGACUAAGGGGAUUGUAUCAGGGUUGCAUGCAGACCAAUCCAUGACCUGAAAAACAUAAUAUACAACAUACUCCAUGACGAUUAUCACUAUUUUUCCAGAAUCUCUUCAACGUAUUCUGUCAAAUCUCUAUUUCCAGUACAAGAUUCGGCCAAUCGCUCAUUAAGUUUUCAAUAUGCUUUCUUCCCCUUUCGUUAACAAAUUCUGGGUUCAAUAGUUAAGACACAACUACUCAUCAACGUGAAAUCAUGCCAGCAGUUAGAUGUUCAUUGUAAAAAUAGAAAAUGUUUUUUUUUUUCUUCUUUAGUUUACUCGUAGAUUCCAAAUCAUUCAUUUAAAGAAAAAUAAAACAUGUCUUGCUAACUUGGCUGUGGUAAAUAGAUCUGGUAGACUUCAAUUGAAGUGAAAUGAAAAUGUUAUACCUUAUUAUGUAUUCGUAAUUUUGUAUUUUUUUGUAAAAUUGUCGGAUCUAAAUGUUAACCCUAAUUUAUUUCCCAACGACUUUGUUAAUUGUUACCUUGAUAUUUAAUUGCGCUCUCUAAACUCUAAACCAGGUUUCAUAGAAAACA